UUUGCCAGCGGAAGUGAUGCACGUUACCGUAGCUAAGUUUGCGUGCGCAAUUUUGUCAGCCAUCAUCGAGGUGAGCUCUUUCUAGGUUGUGUUUUGCGACGAGAGGAGGAAAGUAACCACCACCAUGCAGAUUUUCGUGAAAACCCUCACGGGUAAAACGAUCACCCUUGAGGUGGAGGCAUCCGACACAAUCGAAAAUGUAAAGGCUAAGAUCCAGGACAAGGAAGGAAUUCCGCCUGAUCAGCAGCGACUAAUCUUUGCUGGCAAGCAGUUGGAGGACGGACGUACUUUGUCCGACUAUAAUAUUCAAAAGGAAUCUACUCUCCAUCUUGUGCUUCGUCUCCGAGGAGGUGUGAUUGAGCCAACGCUACGUAUACUCGCUCAGAAAUACAACUGUGACAAAAUGAUCUGUCGCAAGUGCUACGCCCGUCUUCAUCCCCGUGCAACAAAUUGCCGUAAGAAGAAGUGCGGUCACACAAACAAUAUCCGCCCGAAGAAGAAACUGAAGUAAAUUGUCGGGACAAUUGCAAGUGCUGUACUUCUUGUACAGACUUGGGUAACAUGGAAAAAUAUAUUUCUCUGUACUUGGUUUCAAUAAAUUAAGUGCCAGUGA